AUGGCGACGUUUUCAACCACAGGAGCCGAGCAAGAGCUAAGACAACGCCUGAUUCCAGAAAAUGAACCUGAAUAUGACCCAAGUUUACCGUACGGUGGGAAAGUGUACCUUGCUCGUAAAAAGAAGGCCGAUCCAUGGCACGUUCGUGUUGCAGAGGCUUUGAUUAUCAUAUCAACAUUGUCUUUUGCCAUUUAUGCAUAUUACUACUUUGACCACCUCCAUUUCCAUGUGACAUAUGCAUAUGGUUACCUUGGUUACCCCCAGGCCCAGCAUCAGGUUGGGCAGCGGUAUCUGCAUGGGAAAGGAGUGGAGAAACACCAACAGAAAGCUAUGGAAUGGUUCAAAAAAGCAGCAGAACAGGGGCAUCCUCAUGCAUCUUACAAUCUUGCCGUUGGACAUUUAAAGGGGUACAAAACUGAUCUGAAACCAGGUGAGGCCCAUCAGCUGAUAUCCCAUGCUGCAUCAAAAGGUGUGAAGGAGGCCCAUCAAGUGCUGCAUGAAGUCUGCAGUCGAGGAGGAUGCCAAUAGGCCAACAAAUGGGUUGUCACAAUAGAAUCGGACAAACUUCAACAG